UCUGACUGCACUAGACGUGCACACUGGUCUAGUAUACACGUUCGGUCGACACCGUGAAUUUUGGCUGUGUGGAAAAUUGCAUGAUACUGUCGUGAUUGGGACAGCAACCUGCUCUGCCUGCAGCCUGCUGUCCACAGUCUGUAGUUAUUCGAUUAAUUUAAUAUCAGAUAACGCUUAACAGAUAUUUAUUUUUUAAAUAAUAUAGUAUUAUUAGUAUUAUCUAUGUUUAUUCCACUGUCCACGAUACCAAUGAUACUAUCUUAAUCCGUCAUAAUAUUGUACACAUCAUAAUUUGACAAUUUUGAAAAAUUUCAAUAAAUUCAUAUUUUUAUUUUCGUGAUUAUGAUUUACCCGAARACAUAACUUUAAGUGUAUUGCAUAUCUAUUAGUUUCUUAUAAAUAUAUAAAAACUAUGGAUUUUCGUACAUUAGAAAAUGAAAAUCUUCCACCUUUGUCAAGUACCCCUACCGAAGUAUUAUUGCCGAAGUACCCAAUCUGGACUGUUGAGUAUUUUCAAAAGUACUUUGAUGUCACUUCAGAAGAUGUACUUGAACGUAUUAAAGGAGCAUUGGUCCCUACUUACGGAGUCAACUACUUACAACGUUACAUCAGAGCAAAACCAGAUGUGUAUGGUCCGUUUUGGAUAUGUUUAACUCUAGUGUUUUCUAUAGCCAUCAGUGGAAAUGUUGCAAAUUACAUACAAGUAGCUGCUGAUCAUGACUACCACUGGAAGUAUAAUUUCCAUGCUGUGUCUUCGGCAGCCACAGCAAUAUUUUUAUAUGCUUGGUUAUUACCUCUAAUGCUAUGGGCCUUUGUUAAGUACAAAGAGCCACAGUUUAAUCUUAGCUACUUGGAACUGCUGUGUUUGUACGGAUACUCGUUAUCAAUAUUUGUGCCGAUUUCAAUUCUAUGGGUAAUCCAAAUCAAUUGGUUGCAGUGGCUUUUGGUCGCAGCUGGCACACUGGUGUCAGGUUAUGUAAUUGUAUUUUCAAUCAUGCCUUCAUUAGGACAGAAACCAUUUGCGUUUAUAUUCUUAAUAACUAUUUUACAUUUGUUUAUGGGAACAGGGUUUAUGCUAUAUUUUUUUCAUGUCCCACCAAUACUGAAGUCUUAAAAACAAAACUCAUCAUACUUUUAUGUUCAUGUACAAUAUAAUGAUAAUAAUAAUAAUAAUAAUAAUAAUAAUUAUGUAUAAAUAU